UUUUGCAGCAGAAACUAGGAAGUCACCGGCGGAGUCGGCAGGAGGAAGAGUGUUGAUGUGACACCGUCAGCUGCGCGAAGACGGUGGCAUGCCGGCGGGUGUCGGUGUAGAGGCUCUCGGAAGGGACGGAUUUCGCUGUGACCCCGCGGGGAAGCUCUGAGGGGACGGUUGUCGGGGUGGCACUGGAGCACGCUGAAGGAGCUGGCGGAACCGGGUGGCCAUGGGGAUGUGGGCAUCGCUGGACGCGAUGUGGGAGAUGCCGGCCGACAAGCGUAUCUUCGGGGCCGUGCUGCUCUUCUCCUGGACGGUGUAUCUUUGGGAGACCUUCCUAGCACAGCGGCAGAGAAGGAUAUAUAAAACAACAACUCAUGUACCGCCAGAGUUAGGACAGAUUAUGGAUUCUGAAACAUUUGAGAAAUCUCGACUGUAUCAACUGGAUAAAAGUACUUUCAGCUUCUGGUCAGGACUCUAUUCAGAGAUUGAAGGCACACUUAUUCUUCUCUUUGGAGGAAUACCUUAUCUCUGGAGACUUUCUGGAUGGUUAUGUGGUUAUGCUAGCUUUGGGCCAGAAUAUGAGAUCACUCAGUCCUUGGUGUUUCUGCUGUUAGCUACACUUUUCAGUGCAUUGACUGGCUUGCCUUGGAGUCUUUAUAAUACUUUUGUGAUAGAAGAAAAACAUGGUUUCAAUCAACAGACUUUGGGGUUCUUCAUGAAAGAUGCAAUCAAGAAAUUUAUUGUGACUCAGUGUAUUUUAUUGCCUGUGUCUUCACUUCUACUUUACAUUAUUAAAAUUGGAGGUGACUAUUUUUUUAUUUAUGCCUGGCUGUUCACAUUAGUUGUGUCUCUGGUUCUUGUCACAAUCUAUGCUGAUUAUAUCGCCCCUUUAUUUGACAAAUUCACACCUUUGCCAGAGGGAACGCUUAAACAAGAAAUUGAAGUAAUGGCAAGGAGUAUUGACUUUCCUUUGACUAAAGUGUAUGUUGUUGAAGGAUCUAAACGCUCUUCCCACAGCAAUGCUUAUUUUUAUGGCUUCUUCAAGAACAAGCGAAUAGUUUUAUUUGACACUCUACUAGAAGAGUACUCUGUACUAAACAAAGACAUCCAGGAGGAUUCUGGCAUGGAACCCCGCAAUGAUGAAGAAGGGGAGAGUGAAGAAAUAAAAGCUAAAGUUAAAAAUAAGAAACAAGGAUGUAAAAAUGAGGAGGUGCUUGCUGUUCUAGGCCAUGAACUGGGACAUUGGAAAUUAGGACACACAGUCAAAAAUAUCAUUAUUAGCCAGAUGAAUUCUUUCCUGUGUUUUUUCUUAUUUGCUGUAUUAAUUGGUCAAAAGGAGCUUUUUGCUGCAUUUGGUUUUUAUGACAGCCAACCCACUCUAAUUGGACUAUUGAUCAUCUUCCAGUUUAUUUUUUCACCUUACAAUGAGGUUCUUUCUUUUUGCCUGACAGUCCUAAGUCGCAGAUUUGAGUUUCAAGCUGAUGCAUUUGCCAAGAAACUCGGGAAGGCUAAAGACUUAUAUUCUGCUUUAAUCAAACUUAACAAAGAUAACUUGGGAUUCCCUGUCUCUGACUGGUUGUUUUCAAUGUGGCAUUAUUCUCAUCCUCCGCUUUUAGAGAGACUUCAAGCUUUGAAAAGUACAAAACAAGACUGAGAUGCUCGAGGUUUAUGACUGAAGACAUUUCUGAUUAUUUCUGUCCUGGCAGCAUGUUCCAGCUCUUGAUGUUCUUAAAAAUUUUUUUUAAAGAAAAAUUAUUAAGUACAGAAAAGAAUAGAUUUAAAUACAUUUAAUAUCUCAUUUCAAAAAUGAUUUUAAUAAUCCACUUCUUAAAGAAAACACUGGAUUGAAUUUUGAUGCUUACUGUUUUUAAAGGCAUAGUUUUCUCUUAUGACACCUAAUGUCUCUUUUACAUCUAAUUUACCAUCAACUUGUAAAAUUAUUUCAGAAAAUACAGAACUUGUUUUAUUUAUAUAUGUAUGUGGAAUCUACAUAUAAGGUGUUUGGGGGCAUACGUUUAAAAGGGAGAAUUCCACCUCUUAUUCCUUUCUGUGAGGCAGAAACGGUGGUCCCGAAUCAUUGUACUCAUACUUAAGUUGAAAUUUGCUUUUACUUUCAUCCAGUUAUGAUUUAACCUGGCCAAUCAGUGUUUUAAAUAAGAAAGAAAGAUAAUAGUUGGUAAGGCUAAUGUUACUUAAAUGAAAGUAGUUAGAACUAUGCGCUCCUGUUCUACCAAAUUUUGAAUUUCUGUUUCCUCUCUUGCCACACACUGAUCAAGAAUUUCUAAUAGCGCUUUGAAAUGAGAAAUUAUAUAUAGAAUGUUUUAAAUAAUUAAUUUUGUUUUUAUUUUUAAGAAAAUCUCAGUCUUUAUCUUUCCACCUGGUAGAAUGGUCCUGUUAGGAUCAAAUUGUAGCUUUUUCUCAUUCGUUCAGUAAAUAAUGCAUCUUUUCACUUAGCAGAGUUGGCCAUAUUGAACAGGCUUUACUAUGUUAAAAGAGGCAGAACAUGAAAGAAGAAGAAUGACAUCCUAAGAGACAUAGGGUGAAAUAUUGGUGUUUCUCUUAUGAUAUUACCAGAAAAAAUAUAGUUUUUUAUCUCUUUCAAGGACAGAAAAGUUUUAGUUUUUAUUUUUGUAAUUUUUAUCAGGAAGUCAUAAGAACUAUUUAAUCAGGCCUGAUUCCACUUUUGAAAAUUAUAGUUCUUGAUAUGCAAAUAAUGUUUACUUCCAAAAUAGAUAUCAGGCAAGGUUUCCAGUUUUAAACACCGUCUGUUUGACUGCUUCAUAUCUCUGUUCACUUUCUGAAUGAGAACUUAUUUUGUGCCUGGAGCUCCCACUCACUGAUAAUGUUUACCUUCUGGGCAUUUAUCCCAAAGUGGCAUCUACUGUGCACCUUUGGUAUGUGGCCAUAAACUCUUGCUCCGCUGACACUGGGUGGUAUCUUCACAUGAAGGUGUAAUAAAAUAAAAAUCUAGUUUUGCACUGCAUUAUUUAUUUUCCUAAGCUGAAGAGGAGCAGUCCUGUGAUUUCUAUCCACCAUCCUUUGUCUGUGAUUUCAUGCUCUGAUAACUGCCUUUCCUUCCUUCUGUGCCUUUAAAUACAAAUUUCAGUUCUGCACAAGUGAAACAUUAAAAAUUGCCAAUGCAGAU